UGUUAGUUCAGGGACCAAGCCUGAUACCACGUGUGAUGCUGAGUGUAAGGAAAGAGCGUGGCAGAGGGUGGGGCAGAACGGGAGCGAGCGUGAAGGCUGGGGGAGUGAUGGUCGGGCUUAGCCCUCCCAUGCCGUGUCAUGGCCAGUGCGCUUGGGGGCUCCGGGUGCUGGGUGCUCAAGAACCUGCCUUCUCUGCUGUACCGGUGAGGGUGGGACGCUGGGCGGGUGGACUUCUGUCUGCGAGCCUCGGUGCCCUGAUGGACUGAGGUGACCACCGGCAGAGGGUCCAUGGGCUGGCAGGCUUGUCUCCGAAGCGUGAGUGCCCCGGGGUAACUGUGUGCACCCUUAUUCCCACUUUCUCUGAACCCUGAGUUUUUCUUUUGUUGAAUAGAUUCCUGUUUCAGGAAGUAGUCGGUUAUCUUUCUCUAGAGAAACCCUUUAGUCAAAACAUCUGUUGACUCAGAAUGUGCGUCUUCCCCUCUCGGUGGCAGGCACUUGUCUGGUCUCAUUGUGUAGCUUCCUGUUGAGAAGUGUGAUGUGUGUGUGUGUGAAUUCACUUAAGUUCUGACAUCACUUUGGAGCCCAUUGGUGGGCUGCUUCAGCCAACCAGACGCUUCCUGGUGUCCCAAGUAAGAUAUAUAGUUCUGGAAUAACAGGAAACUUCAGCUUUCAACAUCCUGUUUUUCUGGGUUUUGUGACUCUCUGCCUCACCACAAUGAAGACGUUCGAUGCAGGCGAUCUGUAUCAGGGGCAGAACUUCAGCAAGGUCCUCAGCUCCUUGGUGACGCUGAAUAAAGUAACAGCAGACAUUGGCCUGGGGAGCGACUCCGUGUGCGCCCGGCCCUCCUCCCACCGGAUCAAGUCCUUCGACUCCCUGGGCUCGCAGCCUGCGCACGGCCGGACUUCACAGUUGUUCCAGGGCCAGUACCGCAGUUUGGCUGUGGAGCGCAGGGGCCUGUGCAUGUGUGUGGAGUGCUUCUGGUGGGAGGGCACGCACAACGGCAGGACCGGCUGGUUCCCCAGCAACUACGUGCGCGAGGUCAAGCCCAGCGAGAAGCCCGUGUCACCGAAAUCCGGAGCCUUGAAGAGCCCUCCCAAAGGAUUCGAUACAGCUGCCGUUAACAAAGGCUACUACAGUGUGGUGCUACAGAAUAUUUUGGAAACAGAAAAUGAAUAUUCUAAAGAACUUCAGACUGUGCUUUCAACCUACUUACGGCCCCUGCAGACCAGCGAGAAGUUAAGUUCAGCAAACACGUCACAUUUAAUGGGAAAUCUGGAAGAAAUAUGUUCUUUCCAGCAAAUGCUUGUACAGUCUUUAGAAGAAUGCACCAAGAUGCCGGAGGCCCAGCAGAGGGUCGGGGGCUGCUUCCUCAGCCUGAUGCCACAGAUGAAGACCCUGUACCUGGCGUACUGUGCCAACCACCCAUCUGCGGUCAGCGUCCUCACGGAACACAGUGAGGAGCUGGGAGAGUUCAUGGAGCUGAAGGGCGCCAGCAGCCCAGGGAUUCUCGUGCUGACCACCGGCCUCAGCAAGCCGUUCAUGCGCCUGGACAAGUACCCCGCGCUGCUCAAGGAGCUGGAGAGACACAUGGAGGAUUAUCACCCAGACAGACAAGAUAUUCAGAAAUCCAUGACCGCCUUCAAAAACCUUUCAGCCCAGUGUCAGGAGGUGCGGAAGAGGAAGGAGCUGGAGCUGCAGAUCCUGACGGAGGCCAUCCGCAACUGGGAGGGCGAUGACAUCAAGACCCUGGGCAGCGUCGUCUACAUGUCCCAGGUCCUGAUCCAGUGUGCCGGCAGCGAGGAAAAGAAUGAGAAAUAUCUUCUACUCUUUCCAAAUAUUUUGCUUAUGUUGUCUGCCAGUCCUCGGAUGAGUGGUUUUAUAUAUCAGGGAAAGCUACCAACGACAGGAAUGACAAUCACAAAGCUUGAGGACAGUGAAAAUCAUAGAAACGCGUUUGAAAUAUCAGGGAGCAUGAUCGAGCGGAUCUUGGUGUCCUGCAACAACCAGCAGGACCUCCAUGAGUGGGUGGACCACCUGCAGAAGCAGACGAAGGUCACGUCGGCGGGGAACCCCACCGUCAAGCCCCACUCUGUGCCAUCCCACACCCUCCCCUCCCACUCCAUCACCCCGUCCAGCAAGCACGCGGACAGCAAGCCAGCGCCACUGACGCCCGCCUACCAUACGCUGCCCCACCCCUCCCACCACGGCACUCCACACACCACCAUCAACUGGGGGCCUUUGGAGCCUCCGAAGACCCCCAAGCCCUGGAGCCUGAGCUGCCUGCGACCCGCACCCCCUCUGCGGCCCUCAGCUGCCCUCUGCUACAAGGAGGACCUGAGCAAGAGUCCCAAGACCAUGAAGAAGCUGCUCCCCAAGCGCAAGCCAGAGCGGAAGCCCUCAGACGAGGAGUUUGCACUGAGAAAAAGCACGGCUGCGCUGGAGGAGGAUGCCCAGAUCCUGAAGGUCAUUGAGGCUUACUGCACCAGCGCCAAGACGCGGCAGACACUCAACUCAAGUUCACGCAAAGAAUCUGCUCCGCAAGUUUUGCUUCCAGAAGAAGAGAAAAUUAUAGUUGAAGAGACUAAAAGUAAUGGUCAGACAGUGAUAGAAGAAAAGAGUCUCGUCGACACCGUGUACGCUCUAAAAGAUGAAGUUCAGGAGUUACGACAGGACAACAAGAAGAUGAAGAAGUCCCUGGAGGAGGAGCAGAGAGCCCGCAAAGACCUGGAGAAGCUGGUGAGGAAGGUGCUCAAGAACAUGAAUGACCCUGCCUGGGAUGAGACAAACCUCUGAGGGGCGUCCUGGUGCUCCGUCAAGACCGCUUCCGAGACUGAGCCUGAGCCGGAGCCCCACGCCCCACGACCCCCGCCCCUGGCGCUCAGGCUGCAGGCGGGGCUGUGCGUGGAGACUGCAGCCGGGCGGCCGUGAGCUCCAGGCCGAGCCCAGACCGCGUCCCCCCACACCCAGUACCUCGUUCCGCAGUAAGUGCGGUGACGGCAUCUGGACUCAUGGGCUCCGAGUGAGCACGUGUCAGUGUUACGUGUGUGUUCCCUGUAAAUCCCUGUUCUGGACGCACACGGCGGGGUUUCUGUCUGGGCUGACUGCUGGGCUGCAGUCCCCCUCUCGCUCACCUCCCUGCUCCCGCGCCCUGGGGCGUGUGCUCACUGCUCGUGGGGACCGGAGGCUGCAGACCCACAGCUGUUUCUGGGGGUGCCUGCUCUGCCGCCGCGCUCCAGAAACACCUCCCACGGUGUCUGCCUGCGGCUCACCUGCUUAGACCUGCAGGGACCCAUCUCCCCCGCUCCCCCAGUCUCCUGGUCGAGCGGGGUCGCAGGCCACGUGCAGCACUCGGGCUGAACCCGGGAGCCGCGUCUGCUGCCAGAGGGCCCCAUGACGGGUGUGCGCACGCCCGCCUUGUGUGAGCACGUGCGUGGCGGAGGGUGCCUGGCUGGGGUUGACCUGGGAACUCGGCCAGGUGCACUGUCCCGUCCUCCCCGAAGGCGUGAGCUCCCUGAAGCCUGUAAAUAAAGUGUGUUAUUUAUUGCA